AUGGACAAACCUGCGCCGGCAACGCCGAUUCCGGCGCCGCACGGGCCGCAGCGCGCCGCGUCCGGCGACACUGCGGAGACACAGAAAGCCAUGGCCUCGUUGGCCCCCAUGCUCGAGGCGUUUGCGCCCAAAACAAGCGCCGAGGAGGCCAAGGGCGGCGUGGCCAGCCACCUUGCCGGCAGCAGCCCGCGGCGCAGCUCGCUCUCCGCGAUCUCCGAGCUGCUGCUGCUCACGGUGGACAACCGCAUCGGCAAAAUCGGCGUGUGCGCCAUGGACGCCAAGGCCAUGUCCAAGCCGUGCCGGCGCAUCUUGAGCCGCUUGAUCGAAAACGGCGAGUUCGAGACGGUCAUUUUCGGCGACAAGGUGAUCCUCGACGAGGCCAUCGAGAACUGGCCCACGUGCGACUUCCUCAUCAGCUUCUUCUCCACGGGCUUCCCCUUGGACAAGGCCAUUGCCUACGCCAACUACCGCCAGCCGUUCUUGCUCAACGACUUGGUGUUGCAGAAGGCCUUGUGGGACCGGCGGCUCGUGCUCAGCAUCCUCAACCACGCGCAGGUGCCCACGCCCCAGCGCUUGGAGAUCUCGCGGGACGGCGGGCCACGCGUCGACAAGGCGCUCCGCGCCACGUUGGUGGCCGUGGGCGUGCCGGCGCUGCACAUCGACCGGCUCACCAGCCAGCACGAGCCGGACUGGCGCAUGCUCGACGACGACACGCUCUACGUGGACGGCCAGGUGAUGGCCAAGCCCUACGUGGAGAAGCCCGUGGACGGCGAGGACCACAACGUGUACAUCUACUACCCGCGGGCCACGGGCGGCGGCGGGCGGCGGCUCUUCCGCAAGAUCGGCAACAAGUCGUCCGAGUUCGACGCGGACUUGAACGGGCCGCGCACCGAGGGCCUGUUCGUGUACGAGAAGUUCAUGGACACGGACAACCUCGAGGACGUCAAGGCGUACACGGUGGGGGCGGGCUUCUGCCACGCGGAGACGCGCAAGUCGCCGGUGGUGGACGGCAUUGUGCGCCGCAACACGCACGGCAAGGAGAUGCGCUUCGUCACGGAGUUGUCUGCGGACGAGAAGCGCAUGGCCAAGAACGUCAGCCGCGUGUUCCGCCAGACCAUCUGCGGCUUCGACCUCUUGCGCGUCAACGGCCAGAGCUACGUGAUCGACGUCAACGGCUUCUCGUUCGUCAAGGACAACAACGAGUACUACGACGCGUGCGCGUCCAUCUUGCGCACCAUGUUCGUGGAGGCCAAGAAGCGCCGCGACGUCAUCAAGAACAAAAUCCCGCGUACCGCGCAGAUCCACCAGUCGCAGUUCGAGGUCAAGGAGCAGAAGUGGGUCUUCAAGGGCGCGGUCUCGGUGAUCCGCCACGCGGACAGGACCCCGAAGCAGAAGUUCAAAUACUCCUUCCGCUCGCCCUUGUUCAUCUCGCUCUUGAAGGGCCACAAGGAGGAGGUCAUCAUCCGCGCAGAGCCCGACUUGCAGGUGGUCUUGGAGACCGUCAAGAUCGCCGAGGCCAAGCAGCUCGAGGACUUGAACAAGCUCCGCCAGUUGCGCGGCGCUUUGGAGAAGAAAAUGAGCUUUCCGGGCACCAAGAUCCAGAUCAAGCCUUCCUUGAACCCAGACAACCCGGACGUCGUGGACAAGGUCCAGUUCAUCUUGAAGUGGGGCGGCGAGCCCACGCACUCGGCCAAGCACCAGGCCUCCGACGUGGGCGAGCAGAUGGGGCAGAACAUCAAGCUCUUGAACCGCAAGGCCUUGAACGACGUCAAGGUCUACACCUCCUCCGAACGAAGAGUCAUCGCCAGUGCGCACUUGGCCACCUGCUCCAUGUUGGGCUUGGAAUCCUUGCCUGACGACUUCUUGAUCAUCCGCAAAGACUUGUUGGACGACUCCAACGCCGCGAAAGAUCUCAUGGACAAGGUCAAGAAGAAGUUGAAGCCCUUGUUGAGACAAGGCGCCGAGGCCCCGCCGCAGUUCACAUGGCCACCUAAGAUGCCCCAGCCGUUCGUUGUCAUCAAGCGGGUCUGCGAGUUGAUGGUGUUCCACAAAGAGAUCAUGGCGUUCAAUUUCGAAAAGUAUGACGUCAAUGAGUUCCAAAGCACCUGGUGCUGUGGGGAAGACCCGUACUUGUUCAAGGAACGCUGGGAUAAGCUCUUCCAGGAGUUCACCACCGUGGAGAAAACUCAUCCUUCCAAAAUCUCCGAGUUGUACGACACUAUGAAGUACGACGCCUUGCACAACAAGGACUUUUUGCGCAAGAUCUUCUCCUAUGACCCGUCCGAUAAGAAACUUCUCAAGCGCUUGGCUGAUAACUGUGAUGGAACCGUCAAUUCGUCCGGGUUGGUCAGCGAGUACCCAAUCAAUAUAUUGGCCAUGAACGGUUUCAAAAUCCCUAGUGAAACGGUCCCGACUACUUCCUCCUCCUCCAAUUCGUCAAGUGCCACAAACUUUACGAACAUAAAUGCCUUGGCCGGCUCAUUGGGUUGGGUUUUGACAGGCUCUACCUCUUCGUCAAAGGAUGAGUCGUCAUCGAAAGAAAGCUCUUCAUCAAAAAAGGCUCCCGAGAACGAAUUUGAUGACCCUACCUAUGCCCGGCUCAGAGAGUUAUAUAGGCUCUCAAAAGUGCUUUUCGACUUUAUCUGUCCUCAAGAAUACGGUAUUAAGGACGAGGAAAAGCUCGAUAUUGGCUUGUUGACUUCUUUGCCUUUGGCGAAACAAAUUCUUUCGGAUAUCCAAGACAUGAAAAAGCACGACAAGGCCGCCGUGGUGAACUACUUCACAAAGGAAUCUCACAUCUACACGCUCUUGAAUAUCAUCUACGGAGCCCAACUCCCAAUGAAAAUCGCUAGAAAUGCCUUGCCUGAGUUGGAUUACUUGUCUCAGAUCACCUUUGAGAUCUACGAAUCCGGCGACUCCUCGAGCCCAGGCGGCCAGAAGCACUCCAUAAGACUAUCUCUCUCGCCUGGUUGUCACACACAGGAUCCUUUAGAUGUCCAUCUUGAUGAUGAUCACUACAUCGGUUGCAUUCCUCGUCUCAGUUUGACGAGACAUUUAGACAUGGAUUUGGUCACCCAGAGAUUGAAGUCAAGGUUCCCACGAGUGUCAAUGCCCAAGAAGUUCACCCCGGUGAACAUCUCCAGCCCUCUUACUUCGGAGAUAUAG